AGCGGUCAUUCGGCUCUUCAUAUGGCCGCUCAGCACCGACAGCACAACAUCUGCACAAUGUUGGCCUCAUACGGGGCCUCCCUUUCCAGAGGUGACAGACAGGGAUUAACUGCAAAGCAAUUAGCGACUAAAGCAGGCGAUGAAGAAUUGGCGGCUUUUCUCGACCACUUCGAAAACUUCCAGAAAGUGAAGAAAGAUAGAGAAACAGCUGUUUAAUAGUGAAUGAAUGGACUUAUAUUAGACAUGUUUUACUCGACUCUCGACUCGUGCCUCAAAGACAUUUGUUUCGCUCAUUACUAAGUCAUCAGCCAUUGAAUACCAAAAAUAUAUAUUUCAAUCACUCAUCAAUUUU